UUUUGAAUUUCAAUUCUAUCCUCCAAAGCAGUUGCAGCCCCUCCCAGUUUGGUAUCAUCCGCAAACUUGAUAAGUGUAACAGAGAGACUCUGCUACUGGGAGGGUUUCACCAUGUCUCAGAGGGUUACACCCUGGUGGGAGGUGGCUAGGCCUGUACUGGAAUAAGGUCACUCUGUGCUUCACAGUAUGGCAGAACCUAGAAUGUCCAUUAGCAGGGGAAAAUCCUGGGGGGAAUCGACAUGUGAAAUGGACAAAAACCCCGUAUGAAUUCUCUCAAAUUGCCCUUCUCGCCCUGGCAGGCUACAGAAUAACAUCCACGUUUUGCUCCAGAUCAUCCCAUCCUCCCAAGGGGAAGGAAAUGGCUGCAAUGGAGCUGGCUCAGGACAGCAGGUGGCGCCAUGCAUCCAACUAAGCUACCCGAGUGCUUUACCUAAGCCACUCAAGGACAGAUAGAAGACAACAGCCAGUUUCCCAGCGUUAAGUGGGUUUCCAGUUUCCAAACCUGAUGUGAUCUCGCAGCUGGAACGAGGGGAAGAGCCGUGGGUCCCAGACCUCCAUGGCGCUGAGAAAAAAGUGCUCCUGAGAGCUGCCUGCACAGGCAGUGACCUAUGUCUGGAUUCUCUCUGUCUCCCAUCAGGUGUUGGGAUGGUGAGUGAGAACGAGGAGAAAACCCACCAGGAAGAUACUGAGCAAGUAUUACCCCAUGGGAUGUUAUCAGGAAGAUUGAAAGGGAAUGAUUCCAGGAGUUGUGCACUCCCAGAAAAACCAAAAGCCUGUGAGAGUCAGCGCAGGCCAGCAGAAAACUUCAGUAGCCACUCAGACCUUAUUACACACAAGAGAAUCAACUUGGAAGAGACACACUACACAUGCCAUGAGUGCGGGAAAAGCUUCAAUCAGAGCUCUGCGCUUCUCACACAUCAGAGAAUCCACCCGGGUGAGAAACCUUACAGAUGCUCUGAGUGUGGGAAACACUUCAGUAAGAGCUCAAAUCUUAUCAGACAUAGGAGAAUCCACACGGGUGAGAAACCUUAUGGAUGCCAGGAAUGCGGGAAAAGCUUUAGUCUGCACUCCUACGUUAUCAGACAUAGGAGAAUUCACACAGGAGAGAAACCCUACACGUGCUUUGAGUGCGGGAAACGCUUCAAUCAGAGCUCACACCUUGUCAGACAUCGGAGAAUGCACACAGGGUUUCCAAUUUCCAAACCUGAUGUGAUCCCGCAACUGAAACGAGGGAAAGAGCCAUGGGUCCUGGACCUCCAGAGCUCUGAGAAAGAAGUGCUCCUGAGAGCUGCCUUCACAGGGAGUGACCUAAUUCUGGAUUCUCUCUGUCUCCCAUCAGGUGAUGGGAUGGUGAGUGAGAAUGAGGAGCAGAAACCCCAGCAGGAAGAUGCUGAGCAAGUAGAACCACAUGGAACGUUAUCAGGAAGAUCCAAAGGGAAUGUUUCCAGAAGUUGUGCACUCCAAGAAAAAGCCAAUUCUUGUGACACUCAAGAGAGGCGAGAGGAAAACUUCAGUAGCCACUCAGACUUUAUAACAUGUGACAGAAUCAACUUGGAAGAGACACGCUACACGUGCCAUGAAUGCAGGAAAAGCUUCAAUCGGAGCUCUGCCCUUAUCACACAUCAGACAAUCCACGCAGGGGAGAUGCCCUACACAUGCUCUGAGUGUGGGAAAAGGUUCAAUAGGAGCUCAAACCUUAUCAGACAUCAGAAAAUUCACAUAGGAGAGAUGCCCUACACAUGCUCUGAGUGCAGGAAAAGCUUCAGUCGGAACUCAGACCUUAUCACACAUCAGAGAAUCCACAUAGGAGAGACGCCCUACACAUGCUCUGAGUGUGGUAAAAGCUUCAAUCAGCGCUCAAACCUUAUGACACAUCGUAGAAUCCACACAGGUGAGAUGCCCUACACAUGCUCUGAGUGCGGGAAAAGCUUCAAUGACUGCUCACACCUUAUCAGACAUUGUAGAAUCCACACAGGUGAGACGCCCUACACGUGCUCUGAGUGUGGGAAAAGGUUCAAUAGGAGCUCAAAGCUUAUCAGACAUCAGAGAAUCCACACAGGGGAAAAGCUCUACACAUGCUCUGAGUGUGGGAAAAGCUUCAAUCGGCACUCACACCUUAUCACACAUCAUAGAAUCCACACAGGAGAGACGCCCUGCACAUGCUCUGAGUGCGGGAAAAGCUUCAGUUGGAGCUCAUACCUGAUCAGACAUCAGAGAAUCCACACAGGGGAGAAGCCCUACGCAUGCUCUGAGUGUGGGAAAAGCUUCAGUCAGAGGUCUACCCUUAACACACAUCAGAGAAUCCACACAGGAGCAACGCACUACACAUGCUCUGAGUGCAGGAAAAGCUUCAGUCGGAGCUCAGACCUUAUCAGACAUCAGAGAAUGCACACAGGAGAGACACCCAAUACAUCAGGCCUGCACAGCUCGUAAAGCGGCAAGGGACAUAUUGCUCCAAAGAAAACAACUGAGGACCCAAACCGCCCGUCCCUGUGGAAACACCUCCCCCCCGCCAGUGCUGCCCAGCUCUGUGGAAAAACUCCCCCCAGCACUGCCCAGCCCUACAGAAACAAACCCUCCUUCCGGAGCACCGCCCCACUGAAACAGUUGUGGGCCGAAAAGGAAGGUUGGGGUGUGUGUGUGAUACUUUAUUAAGAAUUUUUCAAUUAAAGCAAACGAUUUUUUAAUUUUUUUUAUGAAUCAUGUAAAAAUGAAAAACACCUGUUUCGUUGAAAGAAAACUUUUCAUAAUUACAUGCAAAUUUAAUGAGAGAUAGUACAUCUCUUUUCGGCAACAAGGUCGUCGUAUUUGGGGGUCAUAUUUGAAGUGGAUAUUUUCAUAAUGUUUUCCAAAUGGUCGUCAGUCAGAGAAGAACAUUGCUUGUUUUUAUUCAUGUUCGUGAUGGAAAAUGUUCACAUAUGUAAGUGCUUCCAAAAAUGCUGAACGUUUUCAGUGCAACUUCGGUAAGAUUCUUGUAUCGUUCUCAAUAUGUAAGUAUUUAUUCGUCCA